AUGAUUCCGAUACCGACUCACGGAGCCCCGCCAUGGCGGCGCGGAGGUCAACCGCAGAGCAAUGAGUUCCGUCCUUCACCGACACAAGAUAGAAAGAACCUCAACGCGGGAGAACGUUCAUACCAGACAAAUAUGAUCGGAUCGGAGGAUUCACCUGCGGGGGAAGAUCAUCAGGAACACGCCGUCACCUACAUUGCCGAAGCUGAAGGUCAGACAACCGGGAAGCACAGCGAUACGCGAGGAAGACCACCGGAGAAUGAGCAGUUUGAUGAAACGCACCUCGUCGGAUCAGACACCAAUGAAGAGAAGGAUGAUCGAAAGAAGGAAGAAGUUGGCAACCGAAGACAAGAUGCGUGGAUACUCCUCUUCACCUGUCUGGGAUCCCGAUAUGUGGCAACCGAGUUGGUAACAAACAUGAAGACAACGACGGUAUUAAACGCCCUGCGACGUCUUACGGCGACUUUUGGAACGCCAAGCACCAUUAUCUGUGACAACGCGAAGCAAUUCGUGAUGCUCAAGGAGGCCUCGAAUACGUCAAUCUACACGGGAAGCGGAACUCGACCAUGA